AUGAAGAUAUGUGAAACAUUUUCUUUAACCCUGCAAACGUUUAGAAUUGAACUAGACAAGUACGUCCAGGGUCUCCAGGGCUGUUUGACUCUAGAGAUGCAGAAUUUGGAGACCGAAGUCAGGCCCUACCUGAACCGCUGGUAUGAAGAGUCAGUUAUGCACAUUCACAGAGUGGUUCAGCUGCUGCAGACGAACCUCGGCUACCUUCUGCAUGCUGCUUUGAGUCACAAGCUUUUCGAGGUCACAGGGGCAGAUGAGAAGACAAAAGCAGAUAUAGCAAGAUUUAUCAAAGCAGCAAGCCUGCAGGGUCUAGUUCAGGAAGACAGCACUGCAGCCUCCCUCUGUAAGGCCAUCUCAGAGGACUCUCACAGCAGCCUGAUCAUCGACUGCUCCACCAGCCCACCUACACUCACCAACAGAGUCAGUAACCGAUUCUGCGAUGACUGGAUCCAGGCCUUCCUCAAUGCUGCUGAGCGCUUUAACCCUUUCCUUCUCCGCCAAAUCCUGGAGAACUUUAAACUUAAGGCCAUUCAGGACAUGAACCACCUGAAGCGCUUCAUCCGUCAGGCUGAAAUGAGCCACUACGCUCUGUUCCACUGCUGUCUGUUCCUGCAGAGCUGUGGGAACGGGGACGUGCUGCUGCAGAACGCACGGGCCGAGCACAGCAGCCUUCCUGAGGCCUGUGGAGUCAUAACUGUGCUGGAGGAGUUCCUCGGGGAACAUGCACAGGGAUCACUGUACUGACACCACAGGGAUUCAUAAACUCACCUAUCUGAGAGCACCUAGGGAGCAGAUGCCCAGAACUCCAGUUUAACACCCAUAAUCAUAGCAGUGUGGUUUGACAAACUUGAAUUAAAAACACUAAGUAUAGCAGGGGGUAUAUCUUUGUGUGUAGUAGAGGUUGAAGAUUAUGCUGUGCUUAAAAAUUCUAAACUAAAUAGAUCCUAUGAAAUAGACCAAUGAAAAAAAACCUGUGUGAUCAAACUUUAUUUUAAUAAUUUUUCUCAGUAAUGUGUAUAUAUUAAUACAAUACUAUUUAUAUGUGAUUCUAGAAUGAAGUCUCUAUUGUGUAGCAGUCAUUGUUUUGAAGAUGUGAUUUUUAAAACAGACAGUCCUUUACAUUUAUUGAAAUUAAUUAGGAAACUAGUCACAUAAUCAUGAAGCUCUGCACAACCCAAUAGCCUGUUAACAGUCUACUAUACUCUACUGUACCAUGACCUGCAUGGCAUAUUUCUUUAUAUUUUAAAUUCUUAAUCAUAUCCUAUUCUUUUAUUCUUAAUUCCUAUAAUAAUAAUUUAUUUGAUUUAUGUUCUUGUUUGCUAUUUCAGAAUGUUUCUUACCAAAGAUAAAAUAUCUGAUAAUGAUAAA